ACUAUGGCGGCAAGCUGUGUAACCAUAACAGAGCAAUGGAUCAGAGAAAAGCUACGUCUCCAGCACAACUGUCUCGCGGAUGUAAGAUCGCUGUUCCUACCAGGGACCUACGAAGGGAAAAUUAGUCAUUUAGGAAUUUCUUUGAAAAAUUUCGUUCGACUGAAGACCUUGGAUCUCUCGUAUAAUGCGCUGGUUUCUCUUGAGGGACUUGAGCAUCUGAAACUGCUUGAAAGCCUAAAUUUAUACUACAACAGAAUACCAUCCCUUAAGAACGUCCUUGUCUUACAUAAACUGCAGAACCUGACGGAACUGGAUUUAAGACUGAACCCUGUUGUAACGAGAGAUCCAGAUUACCGACUGUACUUAAUCCACGGCCUGUCUAAACUUCGUAAACUUGAUGGUUGUCCAGUAAGAGACAGAGAGAGAAGAGCUGCUCUUAUGUUUUUCUCCUCUGAGGCAGUGUCUGAGUCUAGUGAGGAAUCUCAUUCAUCUACAGCCUACAAAGCCUGCAGGAGUAGUGAACGCAGGAUGGCUUUAGUGAACAGAAUGAUAAAGAAACUCUCAGUGCUAGACGGUAAUGAGGAGACUGCUCUAAACCACGUGGCCAACACAGACUUGCCUAAAAAAAUGCCUGGUCAUUCUACCUCUGCUCAAACAUAUCUGCAUCAUGAACAGGAAAGCUCCGCAGAGAUAAUUAAUUUACUCAAUGAUUAUAAUCCUGAGAUUGUAACCUCCUCACACAAUCAGGGCAGCUACAAAAGGCCCAUGGAGCUACUCCUCGGUGUGGUGAAUGAGUACUGCUCCGAGCCAAGAGAGAAACAUCCUCAUAAGAGUCUGCUCAUGAACACUGUUCAGAUCAUUUUAAUGAUGGAACAAGACAUUUUGAGUGGAGAAGAAGAGGUCCAGACUCUGAGAGAGAAGAUUGAAGCAUUAAAUACUCAAACAGAGCUACAAGAGAAGGAAUAUAAAACAGAGAUUCAGAGUCUCUCAACAAGACUUGAAGAGGCUCAUGUCUCCAUUGAAAAGCUUAAUCAGCAGUUUAAGAGUGUGUUGGAAGACAACGUGUCCUUACAGAAACAACUCAUCAGAUUAGAGGAAAAACUUCUGUCCUCUAGGAUGAAGAAAAUACCCAACUCCAAAGACAAUGGGGGACGGUCUGAGGGUAAUGUGUUGCAGAAAAAGCUGGCAGAGCAGAAGGACAGAGUUCAGGAGGGACAGAGAGUGAAAGAACUUGCAGACAUGCUGCAAGAAAGCCACAAGUCCCUGAUGGCCACUAACACACGGUUACUGCAGGAACUGAAGGAGACCAAGGCACAUCAUAAAGCAGAGACAGAGAAGCUUCAACAUUGA